UUGGUGGUAAAUUUCACCUAAGAAAAAACACUUGUUGAAGGCUCUGUCAGACGAAUGGUUCGCACACCAGCGUCAGGGCCCGCAGGUUGAACGCGUCUAAGUGCAGGCUUACGCGUUUGACAGCGUGCAUAGCUCAGUGGGCGAAUCAACGCGCAGCAUCUCACUCAGCAGAAGGCAUAGGCACGCGGGACACGGUGCAAAGUACAGGUGAUUGAGGUGCGGUAACAGACCACUGGGUGAGUUGUCGGAGCGAGUUUUUACCCACACACCAGGGCCUGGAAAGGAGCAACAAGGCCAGGGCUGGGAGGUGGGAAACUGGAGGGAACAAAAUGGUAUAAAUUCGUUGCAAUUUCCAAUUGAUUCGUUGCUCCUCUUUAUCUUUUCUCAGACCAUUGAUUCUAUUGAUUCUAGCGACUCUAAUUCGUUUUAUUCCAGCUUAAUCCUGUCUAUAUUCGCCUAUCCUCUGUCUCCCCAGAUUUUCUUCUAGUUUAAAAUGGCUGUUUGCAAUAAUAAAAAAGUAAUCGUUGUUGGUGCUGGUAUCACUGGUUUAACUACUGCCUAUGAGUUGUCCAAACAGGGCUACAAGGUUUUGAUCAUUGCCAAAAACUUGCCAACCGACGCCAAGUACUCCUACGACUACGCUUCAGCCUUUGCUGGUGCCCACUUCAGACCAAUUCCUUCCUACUCCGACCAAGAUGUGUUUGAAAUGAAAUUGAACAGAGCUACUUUCAAGAAAUUGAAAGAAUUUGCUGCUGAAUUCCCGGAAUCAUCCGUCAAAUUUGUCAAGGGUAUUGACUAUCUCGAAGAACCCUCUUUAGGUUAUGUCACUGGUACCAACAUUGGUUACAAUGCUCAAAACUUGAACGACUUCAAAAUCUUAUCCGAAAAUGUUAUUCCAUUCAACAACAUCAAAUACGGUGCCGAAUACGAAUCCUGGAUUGUUAACGCUCCUCACUUGUUGAAAUUUUUGUUCAACAGAUUAACUGUCUUCUACAACGUCAAGUUCAUCCAAUUGGAUGUCCUCUCGCUCAAACAAGUCUUUGAAGCCUCCAGUUGUUUUGCUGACUUUUCCGACAUAUUAGGUGUAAUCAACGCUACCGGCAGAGGUUUGCAAUACUACGGUGGUUACGAUCCUGAAGUGUUCUUUGUCAGAUCUCAAACUUUGCUUGUGUCCAAGCCAAACUGUCCCAAACCACCAUUAAUCCCAUACUACAACAAGACCCUCACCAUCCAACACUCCGAUGGCAAAUUUGUCUACGUUUUAAAGAGACCAAUUGACGGUGGUUUCAUCAUCGGUGGUACCAAACAAAUCAACGACUUGUGUCCAUUUGAAAGAGCAUCUGAAACCCAAGAAUUGAUCGAAAGCGCCAAACCUUACUUUAAAGAAUUGUUGAGCCCAGAAGGUGAAUUCAACGUCCAAAAAGUCAAUGUUGGUAUCAGAGCCGUUAGAAAAGGUGGUUUGAAAUUAUCAAAAGUCUUGAUCAAAGAGCAAGGCAACAAAUUCUUGAUCGACGCCUACGGUGCAGGUGCUAUGGCCCAUGAAUUGUCUUUCGGUAUCGCUGAAAAGGUCGUUGAAAUGGUCAAUGACAAAUACGAAUACAUUUCUGCCAAAUUAUAAUCAAUCUCAACUCACAAAGCUUAUCCAGUCAAUAAUAGAAACACCGGUAGUCUUUUAGGUUUUUCUUUGAUUGUUUGAGUUUAUCAUUAGGCAUUUUUUAUUUUCAAAACUACCUUUCUCUCUUUCUUUCUCUCUUUCUUUGUAUUCAUUUUUUGUUCUUCCACUUUCAUCUAAAAAUUAUCUCACACGC